AUGUCCGGUGCCCGUCUUCAUCCUCCGCGCUCCUCUUCCUCCUCCUGGGCCUUCCCCAUCUUCUUCUUCCUCCUCUCCCAAUCGUCUUCCGGAGCAGACGUCGGCAGCGGGAGCUGCCUCCCCCAUGACUGCGGCGACGGCGUGGAGAUCAAGUACCCUCUAUGGUACAACGACAGCACCGCCAUAUCCAACGCCUCCACAAAUGAGACCAUCUGUGGGCAUCCCGAUUUGGGGAUCCGCUGCCAGGACAACAAACCGUUGCUCCACCUGGGUGGAGACAUCUACCAGGUCGCCGCCGUUGAUUACGAGGAGGGCACCAUCACCCUCAAGGACUUGGACCUGCUGGGUGAUGACUGCCCCCGGGCUAGGCAUAAUCUGACCUUGAGUCCCAACAUCCCGCUGGUUGCUCGAGACGUCAGUUACAUCUUCUUCUUCUUCAACUGCUCCGAGAAACCCAUCUUCCCCUGGUACGAAACUCUUUAUCCCCUCACCUGCCUUGGCGACAAUUCCUACGGCCUCCAGUGGAACAUAUCCGAAACUCCGUGGAACGCAAUUUGGGGUGUUUGGGGUGUUUGCAAUGCAAGUGUGGUGUCGCCGGUGAAGAAACCAGACGAACAACGUUGGAAUCUGACCACAGAUUUUACGAGGAUAGUGCAAACCGGUUUUCCUCUGGCACUGAACUUAUCGGAGGCGGCCAAGUGCCGCGAGUGCCAAGGGAAAAAUUGGACAUGCGGGUACGUUCGCAACAGGACUAUCACAGCUUUCGCGUUCGCCUGCCUCUGCAACAGAGAGGGUGGAACUUGUACAUCUGCAUCAGGUAUGCUUCCAGAUCUCAUCUCGUUUUCACGGAUCCAUAGAUUCGGAUUGCCCGGGUUAUCUCCCUGGGGGGGGGGGGGGGGGGGGCACGCAGAGAAAGACACCAAAAUUCAGAUGGUUCGCGCGCCACCAUUGAGGGGGAGGAUUAGGGUACACGAGACAUGA